AAACCUGCACUGUUGCAAUCAUGGCUGUUGAUCCACCUUCCCUCCUUCCUCAAGCACAGCAAGCGAUCAAAGUGAUUGGGGCUGGAGUGAUCCGACUGGAAAAGAACAUACCUCUACCACCAGUUGGAGAGGAGGACGUUCUUGUACGAGUGCAUUGCGUAGCACUUAACCCUUUCGAUUGGAAGUCCCUGGACCUUUCACCAGCUGCAGGAAGCACUCAUGGAUGCGAUGUUUCUGGCGAAAUCGUUGCAAUUGGGAGCAGAUGUCGCGAUGAUCUUCGAGUGGGCGACAGAGUUCUUGGCCCGGUGAAAGGCAAUUUCUCGGACGGCUUAGAGAAUGGCGGUUUCGCUCAAUUCGCCGCCAUCCACCAACUCAUGGUAUGGCGCAUGCCGGAAGGAAUGCCUUUCAGCCAAGCAGCGACACUAGGACUCUCGUUGAUGACCGUUGGUCUUGCAUUGCACUACAUGUUGCAGGUGCCACUUCCGCUUGCACCAAAGCAAUCCGAGUGUCUAGGACCUUAUGUGUUCAUAUAUGGGGGAGGAACGGCCACAGCUACUUUGGCAAUCCAGAGUGCAGCACUCUCCGGAAUGCAAGUGGUCUGUGCUUGCUCACCUCGCCACUUUGAGAGACUCAAGUUGCUAGGCGCAGCGGCAUGCUUUGACUACCACUCAGUGACAGUCGGAGAAGACGUUCGGAAGUUCACCAAUGGCAGUCUCACCAAGGCUCUCGACUGCAUUACGGACAGCGCGAGCAUGAGCAUAUGUUACGAAGCUCUGGGUGAGCAGGGCGGACGGUACGUGGGACUUGACCAAUUCCCCAUUCGGUCGCAUACCAGGCGCGAUGUGCUUCCGGAAUGGAUCCUCGCAUGGACAGUAUUCGGACAAGCUAUACGAUGGAAGAGACCAUAUGCAAAAGCGGCCAGGCCAAAACAUAAGAUGUUUGCAGAAAAGUGGCAGCCUGUGGCCCAGAAAGUGCUCGAUGCAGGCUUGCUGGCGACGCACCCGAUAGACCUGCGAAGCGGCGGUCUAGGAGCGAUCCCUGAAGGCAUCGACAUGCUGCGAAAGGGCAAGACCGAAGGACGGAAGCUGGUCUAUUCGCUCGUCUAGUUUUGAACAAGCCAUACCGAUGAUGUACAAGUCCAAAUUGGUUGGAGGUCGACUGCGCCGGUGCACAGAUCACCAGUAUGUGGAAGCCAAAGGUACUCCUGUAGACACUGUGCGCGCAAUGUCGGCAUCUGAAGCCAAUCCGCAUGACAUGUUGCUUUCUCGCGCCGCCUGAUCGCCUAGAGUAGCGAUGGCGACUAUACCAGCCGGCAUGAUAGGAUGUUUUUCCGUCCGAAUCGCCGGAUCGCAGAUCUUCAUAGUGUCAUUUAUCGUUUCGUGUCCAGUCGCCGCUAGCCUAGCCGUCAGAAUCUCGGUGAGGUGCCGGCGUUUUUCCUACUAGCAGGUAGAUGUGAAGAAGAGGUGAAGUCGCG